CCCAAGCACAUUGUAACAUUGUCGAGUUAUUGAUAUUCUCACGGAAUCCAGAUAGCUCGCCAAAUACGAGUCCGACGGGAAAACAAAAUCAGUAUAUCAAGCACCUAUCCCCAGUCUUUGCCCACAAUGCACCCACAACUGCUUUUCCGCCUCCGGCUCCUACUGUGUGUUCUUCUUGGCGUCUCUGCGGCCUUGGUGCUCCCUAAUCGGAACCCCAUUUCGCGAGAUACACCCGAGUUGAUCAACGUCGGCUCCAGCAACGAGGCAAGUCCCGAGAGCACAACGAUCUACUUUCCGGACCAUGUCAGCCCGAAUGUGCAAACUGCCAGCACCGCUCCAUCUGCUGUCGAAUCGUCAGGAGAGGUUUCCCCUAACAACAACAAACGAGGAGAAGCCCAUAGUUCGACCUUUCAACAGAGCGCGGCAGAAGCCAAAAUCGCCAGAGAUGAUACGAAAGAAGCAGGCAGCAUCUACAGGCGAGACGGUGGGGGAUCGAACAUGACUAUCAUCUACAUCAUUGUCCCCAUUCUCGCUGUUGGGCUUCUUAUUGCUGGCUGUAUUUGUUUGCGCAAGUGUCAGGGGCAUUGAUCGAUUCAUGGAGAUGGAUGGUACAAGAUUGGUCGGGAAGGCCAGGAUCGGAGUGACGACAGGCUUCCAGAGGCGGAACAAGAACGGGGGACAUGAUGUGAGAUGGCGUGGAUGACAAGAAGCAUAGAAGAAAUCGGACUGGAAGCUAGAUACUUAGGGCGUGUUCGUUACCACAGUAAAAAGUUAGAGGGUAUUCAGAUUUGCAGGGUUCGGGUCGUAGUAAGUAUACUGGCUUACUGAACUGCGUAGUGUUCGGUAUUUCUCAGUAAAAAUGCUUAAUUUUUAUGUAGGUCGCUGCAACCACUUGCAACCACCUACACUUUCUCUAAAUUGUCGAUUUGACUAAUUAGAGGGUUAGAAU